AGCUCCAGAGAGAUUGACUUCCCCCUCCCCGGGGCCGGAGUCUCCGGAUUGCUGAUCGCGCCGCACGAGCCGCCGCGUUCGCCAGCACCUGCGUCCCAGCCUGUGCCCGUGACCAUGGCCACCGACUCAUGGGCCCUGGCGGUGGACGAGCAGGAAGCGGCAGCCGAGUCGCUGAGCAACUUGCAUCUUAAGGAAGAGAAAAUAAAACCAGAUGCCAAUGGUGCUGUUGUCAAGACCAAUGCUAAUGCAGAGAAGGCUGAUGAAGAAGAGAAAGAGGACAGAGCCGCCCAGUCCUUACUCAACAAGCUGAUCAGAAGCAACCUUGUCGAUAACACCAACCAAGUGGAAGUCCUGCAGCGGGAUCCCAACUCCCCACUCUACUCAGUCAAGUCCUUCGAGGAGCUUCGGCUGAAACCACAGCUUCUCCAAGGAGUCUAUGCCAUGGGAUUCAACCGUCCAUCCAAGAUACAAGAGAAUGCAUUGCCUUUAAUGCUUGCUGAGCCCCCACAGAACUUAAUUGCCCAGUCACAGUCUGGUACUGGUAAAACAGCUGCCUUUGUGUUGGCCAUGCUCAGCCAAGUAGAACCAGCCAACAGACACCCCCAGUGUCUGUGCCUCUCCCCAACAUACGAGCUUGCCCUUCAAACAGGAAAAGUGAUUGAGCAGAUGGGCAAAUUUUACCCAGAACUGAAGCUAGCUUAUGCUGUUCGUGGCAAUAAGUUGGAAAGAGGUCAGAAAAUCAGUGAGCACAUUGUCAUUGGCACCCCGGGGACCGUUCUGGACUGGUGCUCCAAGCUCAAGUUCAUCGACCCCAAGAAGAUCAAGGUGUUUGUUCUGGACGAGGCUGACGUGAUGAUAGCCACUCAGGGCCACCAAGAUCAGAGCAUCCGCAUCCAGAGGAUGCUGCCCAGGAACUGCCAGAUGCUGCUUUUCUCUGCCACCUUUGAAGACUCUGUCUGGAAAUUUGCCCAGAAAGUAGUGCCCGACCCGAACAUCAUCAAACUGAAGCGUGAGGAGGAGACACUGGACACCAUCAAGCAGUAUUACGUCCUGUGCAACAGCAGAGACGAGAAGUUCCAGGCCUUGUGUAAUAUCUACGGGGCCAUCACCAUUGCUCAAGCCAUGAUCUUCUGCCAUACCCGCAAAACAGCUAGCUGGCUGGCCGCGGAGCUCUCAAAAGAAGGCCACCAGGUGGCUCUGCUGAGCGGUGAAAUGGUGGUGGAGCAGAGGGCCGCAGUGAUUGAGCGCUUCCGAGAGGGCAAAGAGAAGGUUCUGGUCACCACCAACGUGUGUGCCCGCGGUAUCGACGUGGAGCAGGUGUCUGUCGUCAUCAACUUUGACCUCCCGGUGGACAAGGACGGGAACCCGGACAACGAGACCUACCUGCACCGGAUCGGGCGCACCGGCCGCUUUGGCAAGCGGGGCCUGGCGGUGAACAUGGUGGACAGCAAGCACAGCAUGAACAUCCUGAACAGAAUCCAGGAGCAUUUCAAUAAGAAAAUAGAAAGGCUGGACACGGAUGACUUGGACGAGAUUGAGAAGAUAGCCAACUGAGGAGCUCCUGCAGUCGCUGUGCCGCCCCCGCCCGGGACGCGAGUGCUUCCACGGCGCAGCCUGCCCGUCCCCGCGAGGAUGACGGCACGAGCAGACAAACUGCCUACCUCAUCUGAAAUUACGUUUGGACUUGACAAAAAUUGUGCAAAUGAUGGGGGAAGGUAGAAAAAAAAUUGUUUACACAACUUUUGAAGAUUAGGCGUGAAUACACAGAAAUUUACCUUUUGGAAAUUCUGUUUUUUGGCCAGUGUUUUCCCCAUCAUAACCAUAAUCCAGAUGUUGUGGCUGGUCGUUUGCUGAGGAGUCUCAGUGGCAGCCCAGCCUGUUGUCUGCUUAGAAGUGUUGAGGCCAGCCUCUAGCCCUUAUAGAAGUCAGAGUUGAGGUGAAGAGUGAACAGAGAGACCAAGUAGGUUAGGUUGUAAGCCAGUCAUCGUGUUUGGUGUGUGGUGUGAGGCAGCAGAGGAGACGUGUGAGUUGCUGCUUUGAAUUUGGGUUGGGACAGCUCAUUUGAGUGUUUUAAGCCCCUACUGUCUGAUGGCUACAGCAGGAAGGGAUUUGCUAAGCAUGACCCAAAAUGCCAACCUGGCAUCUUUGGUGUAUACCAGUCUGUUGCAGACCAUGGCCUAGUCUCAGCAGCUGCGAUCUGUGUAGAAUGCACAUCUGAUAACUGGCAGAUCCCUUGCCUGUGCUUAAACAGUCCUUUGGAGAAGCCAUCAUGAAGAAUUAGUGGUAGUCCUCGCUUGCCACACAGCCUGACCUUUCAGCGUCUUUUUUACAUCCCUAAUAUCACCUUGACCUCUUAGCAGCUCUAAGCAAAUAAUAGGUAAUCUGGUUUGGAGAAACAGUGAACAUUGUGUUUCAAGUUGCUAAUGGCCAGGCUUAAGGCAGGUCCAAAAGUGACCAGCAAUAGUCACAAAUGCUUUGCCUCUAGAUUGCAGAAAGCAAGUUUGUUUGUUUGUUUAAAUCAGAGCUGGGGAAUGGUUUCAGAAAAUUCGCCAUCUUGAUUAUAAAGGAAUUCUGAGUGUCUGCGUCUGUGGUGCUCAGGACACAAACAGGAGCAACUAGGAGACACAGUGGACUCAGACAUUUCUCUCUUAAGGCCUCUGCUCCAUCCUCACUUGGUAUCUCGUGCAUAAGUCAGAGUAAAGAAUAGGAAUGGAAACCUCCUCAUACCCAACCAAAGCUGUUGGUACCCAAAGUGACAAAGCACAGAUGACAUGAAACUGAGGUGCAAGAGCAUAUGAAACCCCAGCCAAGAGGAGUCCUCUCCAGCUCUUUGACAGAAGGGCCACUUCAUCUAGAAUCAGGCCUGUAAGAGGGAUUUUCCGUGGUGAGAACUAUUUGAAUCCCAGGCCUUUCUUACAGGCAUUUCUGUGUUUUAGAGCCAGAUUUGUCUCCUGGGAAGGGAAGGGGCCAAUGCCAGCCCCCAGGUGGUUUCUCUGACUACAGACACUGCAGAGAGAACCACAGACCACCAGUCUUGCCAUGUUCCCCUACAGGCACCUGACUGUGUUGAGUCUUUGUUCUUCUGGCCAACUUUGAGCCACCUUGGGAGUCUUGUAAGAGAAGAAGUUUUACACAAAGUCCUGCAGACCAACCCUGAAAUAACUUAAAGGCAAUAAUUCAGAGUACAGACUCCUCCUGAGGCUGCAGGCUGAGUACACCCCACGUUCUUGCAACACAGAUGACCUAUCUACUGAGUAUCCCCAAAUCUGAGUAGGAAACGGGAAGGGAUGUGCUUCAGACCCUCCAAAAGCAGGAAUACAUGGGUAUCUGAGAGAAAUCUAAGUCAACAGUUCCUUAUCUGCGGGCUUGGACCCCUAAGAACUCACUGGAUGGGUUCCAUGGAGUUUAUGUAGUAUUUUGAGUUUAAAUGUGUUUUCCUGGGGAAAAACUCCCAAAAGAGUGUCUUUUUAAAAGGUCAGAUUCACUUUAUGGAUGGCUCUAGAAGGUCCCCCCCAGUGUCACUGCCAUCCAUACUCAUUCCUGCCAGUGCCUGGCUUCAGGGGGGUAAUGGGUCACAGCUGUCUCUGUGACCUUGUGCCAUUUUGAGACACCAAUGAUGUAAAAAUGUAUUGAGCCCUUAAUGAGCUUCAGUCCCCAGAGUGUCUUUCGCUGUUUUUAGCAAGUUCCUAUGUAUGAAAUGAUAAACUGUGCCCUAGAACAGAGAAACUUGCUUGAAAAAGAUUCUGGCCCAGUGGAAAAUUCUGGAUAUGUUCAUUAUCCAUAAACAAUAGAUUUUACUGAUUU